AUGUCGAGAUUUUUUCGUGCAAAACCUGCUUCAGGCAUUGCUGCUAAAAGUAGAUUUCUUAAAGAUGUAUCCGAUUCCGAAGAAUCUGAUUCAGAUGAGAAAAGGGAAGUUAAAUCUGCUAAAGAUAAAAAAUUAGAUGCCCUUGAAUUAUCUGUUAAAACCAUUGAAAAUGCUAAAAAGAUCAAUGAAUGGGUUGCUAUUCAAAAUGGUAAUGCUAAACCUUUGGGAACAUUUGGAAUUCCUCGUAUAUAUAUUAAAACUAUUGCUUCCCUUGAAGACUUUCUUAAUGAAUCCUUACAAAAAGAAAAAGAAGCAAAGAAAAAAAUGAAUGCAACUCAAGCUAAAGCUUUAAAUUCCAUGAAAAAUAAAAUUAAAAAAAUUAUUCGUCAAUUUGAAGAUGAAGUCGGAAAAUGGAGACAGAAUCCUAUUCUUACGGAAGAUGAAGAGAUUGAGGAUGAUGAGGAUUUGGGUGAAUUCGUUAAAUCCACCAAAAAGUCAUCGAUAAAAAAGAAUAACGAGUUAUAUGCUACUGAAUUUAAUGAUGAGGAAGGUUUUGAACAAGUUGGAAAGGGAAACAAACCUAUUGAGUAUACUUCUGAGAAUUUAUUCAAAAAGUUAAGAGAAAUUAUGGAAGCAAGAGGAAAAAAGAAUACGGAUCGUUUGGAACAAAUAAAGAUUCUCCAAAAACUCUUAGGUGUGGCUGCAACACCUUAUCAAAAAAUUCGAGUUCUACUUGCUUUGAUACCUGCUCAAUUCGAUUAUAAUCCUAGUAUGAGCAAUUAUAUGAAUGUUGAUAUGUGGAAAAACACACAAGAGGAAAUAAAGCAACUGUUAACAAUUUUGGAGACGAACCCUCAUUUCAUAAUUCGUGAAUAUGUGGAAGAGGAGGUCGAAGAUAAGGAACCGGUUAUAGAGUCAGGUCAAACGUUCGGCAUACGUGGUUCCAUUGUUUCCUUCAUUGAUCGUCUGGACGAUGAGUUUAUAAAGUCCUUACAAAAUAUCGAUCCACAUACUACUGAUUAUGUGGAUAGAUUGAAAGACGAAACUGAAUUAUAUGCAACAAUCGUAAGAGGGCAAAUUCAUUUCGAGAAAAACGAAUUGAAUGAGAGUACGAGUAGAGUGGUAAUGAGAAGAUUAGAACACUUAUAUUAUAAACCCGAUCAAGUUAUACAGACCGUUGAAAAUACGGUCAAUCUAUUAUACCCUUCGGGUGUUUCAUCUUCGAUAACUCCAUCCGAAAUAACGCAAGAUUCAUCGGUUCUUAUUCGCGCUCUUUGUGUUUACCUUUAUAAGAACGGAGAAUCUUUACUUCGAACACGUGCAAUGCUUUGUCAUAUUUAUCAUCAUGCGUUGCACAAUCGAUUUUAUACUGCACGUGAUAUGCUCCUAAUGUCACAUUUGCAAGAUAAUAUUCAACUUAGUGAUGUUGGUACCCAAAUACUACAUAACCGCACCAUGGUACAAGUUGGGCUUUGUGCUUUUCGUGAGGGAAUGAUUAAAGAAUCUCAAAGUUGUUUACAAGAAAUAUGUGGCACUGGACGUGUGAAAGAAUUAUUGGCCCAAGGUUUACAAAUACAAAAAUACUCACAACUUCCACCAGAACAAGAAAAGUUGGAUCGUCAACGUCAAUUGCCAUUCCAUAUGCAUAUCAAUUUAGAGUUACUUGAGUGUGCCUAUUUAACCUGUUCUAUGUUAUUGGAAAUACCUGCUAUGGCAGCCGCUGGAUCAAACCCUGAGGCUCGUAAAAAAGUAAUUAGUAAACCAUUUAGAAGAAUGUUGGAUUAUAAUGAGAGACAAGUAUUUAGUGGACCACCUGAAAAUACAAGGGAUCACAUUAUGGGAGCAGCUAAAGCGCUUGCAGCCGGUGAAUGGCAAAAAUGCCAAGAACUUAUUGGCGCAAUAAAAAUUUGGGAUUUGAUGCCCGAAACACAAAAAAUCAAGGAAAUGUUAAAUAGAAAAAUUCAAGAAGAAGGUCUUCGAACUUAUCUGUUUACUUAUUCUUCAUAUUAUACAACAUUUGGACUUGAACAAUUGUCAACAAUGUUCUCGUUACCGUUAAAUACAGUUACAUCUAUUGUUUCAAAAAUGAUCUGGAAUGAAGAAUUAGCAGCUUCAUUAGAUCAAAUUAACAAUGUUGUUGUGUUGCAUCGCGUUGAACCUACCAAAGUUCAACAAUUAUCUUUAAUGUUUGCCGAAAAAGCCUUUUCAUUUGUUGAGGCUAAUGAAAGAACUUUGGAACAAAAACAACUUUCCGGACAAAAUCAAAGAGAUCAACAAAGACAAAAAGGUCAAUCGAAUCAACAGCAAAAUACUGAAAAAAGAACCACGUAUCAAAAAAGAGAUGGACAGCAACAGAGAGGUCGAAAUAAUUUUAAUAAUGUGUUGGGUAAUAGUGUACGUGGAAGAACACAACAAAACCGUUAUCGAUCAUAA